UUGUUUGUAUUUGGUGAAUUAAUUUUUGUUGUUAAAGUAUUUAAAUUAAUUAUUAUUAUUAAUGUAAACCUCCCAAACUAAGGCUUGCGAUGUUUAUUUUUGUAGCUUGCUCGCCAAACCCAUGUUCUUAUGGUGGUACGUGUAUAUUGGCCACUCUUGCACCCGGCUAUGUGUGUCUUUGUAACAUCGGACUACAGGGACAAAACUGUGAACAAUUCACAGCAGGUCAAGAUUGUGGCCAAACGUUUUCUGAGGAAUCUGGAACUGUUACUAGUCCUGGUUUUCCGAAUACAUACACGCCAAAUGAAAACUGCUAUUACUUCAUCCGAAUUCCACAUGCUUUGUCGAUAACAAUACGAUUUGAUACGUUUAUCACUGAACUGGACCACGACACGUUGGAAAUUUCUGCUGGGCCAAGUCUAUUAACCGGUAGUAGUGGAAUUCUUGUAUUUUCUGGAUUAUCGUCCAUUGAUCCAUUGACGUUGAAUAGCAACCAGAUUGCUAUUCGCUGGUCAACAGACGAUGAAACGCAACUACAAGGAUUCUCCAUUCAGUACUUUUCAGGUGAGCCCAUAAACUAUUAAAAUUUCAUAUAGCCUCCUAAUGGUAAUGAUAGAGGACUUGAUUGUAUAUGGUCUCUAUGCGAUUUAAUGUGAUGUGCAAAUUAAAUCAAAAUAAAAAACAAUACAAAAUAUCAUAAAAAUAACUUAGAUCUGUCUACUUGUUACCGACAAUGACCUAGAGCUGUUAAAUGUUCAAUUAAAUUCCUUCAACUAAAUAUCUGAUUACUGGAAGUGAACUUCAUUACAAAACUGAAGAGUACAUUAAUAGUGCAUUUAAUUGCAUAGGCCUACUAUGUAUCCGUUACGUGAUCAUCAUCUCACCUUUCGUUAAAACGCCUCUAUUAUGCCUCGAGGCAACAGUAAAAUAAUUCUAUCUAAU